AUGUCACGUCAACCGCGUCGUCGAAUUCUGAUCGGACCCAACGGAGAAACCUUCAAUCCGACCUUGAAAGCUCCUAAAUCAAUUGAUGUGGAAGAGGACUGUAAAAAGCUUCGCGAGGCCAUGAAGGGAUUGGAUGGAACGCAACGUAAUCCGUAUGCACACUAUCGUUACUUAUCCCGAAAGGGUUAUAACUCCGGCCGUGGUAUUCUGACCCCGACUACGCAUUUGAAUAUGUACAGUCCUCUGUUACCGAUUGCACGCUACUCUGUGGUCAGGGGUGGUCGAUACUACGACUGUGGGGUCGUUCUCACCAAUGAGGGAGCCAAAAAUGCUUCAAGGACAUUAGAAUCCGACAUCAAUGACGAUUUGAGUGGCUGCCUGCGAAACUUGUGUAUCGCACUGCUCCAGGGUGAUCGGGAUGAACUAACUGAGGAACAGGUGGAACAAGUUAUCCAAAAAGGUGUUCGCAGCGUGGUCGAUAUGAAUAAGGUGCAAAAAGAUAUCGAAGAUCUGUACGAUGCGGGCACCGGACGAGUUGGCACGGACGAAGGCACUUUCAUUCGUAUCCUGGCUAAACGAAGUGUAUGGCAUUUGUACAUGGUCAACAAGCGAUACGAAGAGGUUAGUUUACCGAGUGUUCUUCGUGCCUUUCAGAAUCGUACAGUCGUUUGUUUCUGUCAGACCGCGAUGUGA